CCUCGCCCAUCUUUCCCCAUUCUUCAUCUCCCACCCACCAUGAUCCUCCCCCGCGAAUUGGGGAUUGUUGCGGCGCUUGGCCUGCUGGCCCAGGCUGCGCCUGCGCCGGUCCACCGUCGAUCUGUCUCCACCACCCUGCUGGACAAGAUGGACCUCUUUGCCCAGUACAGCGCGGCCGCGUACUGUUCCUCCAACAUCAACUCGGUCAGCACCACGCUGACCUGCGAGGCCGACAACUGCCCCGAGGUGGUAUUGGCCGCUCCGACGGUCUUGGAGGAGUUCAACGAGACCGCCGAGUUCGGCGACACGGCGGGCUUUGUCGCCGUCGACUCAACCAACAAGGCCAUUGUGGUAUCCUUCCGCGGCAGCUCCGAUCUGUCCAACUGGAUCGCCAACAUCGAUUUCGACCUCGUCGACGCCAGCAGUAUCUGCACGGGCUGCGAGAUCCACAGUGGCUGGUGGAAAGCCUGGGAGACCGUGGCCAGCGCCAUCACCUCCAAGGUCGAGGCCGCCGUCACCACCUACUCGGACUACGAUCUUGUCUUCACCGGCCACAGUCUCGGCGCUGCCCUGGCCGCCAUCGGAGCCACCAUCCUCCGCAACGACGGCUACACCGUUGACCUGUACAACUUCGGCCAACCCCGCAUCGGCAACCUCGCGCUGGCCGACUACAUCACCGCCCAGGACAAGGGCGACAACUACCGCGUCACCCACACCGACGACGUCGUCCCCAAGCUCCCCCCGAAGCUGCUGGGCUACCACCACUUCAGCCCGGAGUACUGGAUCACUAGCGACUCCGGGGUGACGGUCACUACUACGGACAUCACCGAGGUGACGGGCGUGGACUCGACCUCCGGCAACGACGGUACCCUUCUGGAUAGUGUCUCUGCGCACAAGUUCUACUUUGAGUACAUUAGUGCGUGUGAUUAG